AUGAAAGCAUCAUUGCAAGUGUUAGUGAACGCGUGUCCAUUUGGGAGGAACAGAGUGAAAGCAGCAGAAGCAGGAGCAAUUAGGGUUUUGGUUGAUCUUCUGCUCGAUUCAUCUGAGAAAAGGGUUUGUGAAUUUAUGCUAGUUUUGUUGGAUCAAAUUUGUCAGAGCGCAGAAGGGAGAGCCGAGCUGUUGAAUCAUCCAGGAGGAUUAGCCAUUGUCUCCAAGAAAAUACUUAGGGUUUCUAAAGUAGGGAGUGAAAGGGCAAUCAAGAUCUUACAUUCAAUCUCAAAGUUUUCAUCAACACCAAGUGUUGUUCAAGAGAUGUUGAGUUUGGGUGUGGUGGCAAAGCUUUGUUUGGUUCUUCAAGUUGAUUGUGGAAGUAAAGGUAAGGAAAGAGCUAGAGAAAUUCUCAAAUUUCAUGCAAAGGCAUGGAUGAAUUCUCCUUGUAUACCUAAUAAUUUAUUAUCUUCAUAUCCAUUUUAG